CCGGCCGCUCUCUCCGGAUGAUCGAUAGCGGAUGAGAGGAUGCACGCCGCCGUGCUCGGCGCCUCGUCGGACGCUGCGAUGAGGAGGUAGAGAAUCCACGGGCGGCAUCGGGCGGCGCGCUUGGAAGAUGCAGGUGUAACGGCGACCGCCGCGGCAACAGCAGCAGCAGCCUGUGAUCGUCCCCUUCGCCGAGACUCGAAUUCGGACCGUUAAAUAUGCCACACCAGUUCGGCCUGCCGACGAUGGCCCACGGCAUGCAAUCACCGCCCUCGCCGACCUCAGUAAUGUCGGUCUACCCGCGAUUCGGCACCGGCAUUUACCGGCCGGAUCACCAGGACCAGCGGUUGACGCGCGAGGCGAUGGAACGUUACCUGCGCGAUCGCAGCGACAUGGUGAUCGUGAUCUUGCACGCGAAGGUCGCGCAGAAGUCGUACGGCAACGAGAAGCGCUUCUUCUGCCCGCCGCCGUGCAUCUACCUGUUCGGCGACGGCUGGAGGAUGCGGCAGGAGCAGAUGCUGCGCGAGGGGGAGACCGACCAGAGCUCCCAGCUGUGCGCGUUCAUCGGCAUCGGCAAUUCCGACCAGGACAUGCAGCAACUGGAUCUGAACAACGGCAAGCAGUACUGCGCGGCCAAGACCCUCUACAUCUCGGACUCGGACAAGCGCAAGCACUUCAUGCUCUCCGUGAAGAUGUUCUACGGGAGCGGCCACGACAUCGGCGUCUUUCACAGCAAGCGUAUCAAGGUGAUCUCGAAACCGUCCAAGAAGAAGCAGUCGCUGAAGAACGCCGAUCUCUGCAUCGCGAGCGGCACGAAGGUCGCCCUCUUCAAUCGGCUGCGCUCGCAGACGGUGAGCACGCGCUACCUGCACGUGGAGAACGGCAACUUUCACGCCAGUUCGACGCAAUGGGGCGCCUUCACGAUCCACCUGCUCGACGACAACGAGAGCGAGUCGGAGGAGUUCCAGGUGCGCGACGGUUACGUCCAUUACGGCAGCACGGUGAAGCUCGUCUGCUCGGUCACCGGUAUGGCGCUGCCGCGGCUGGUGAUCCGCAAGGUGGACAAGCAGAUGGCCAGCCUCGAGGCGGACGAUCCCGUCUCACAGUUGCACAAGUGCGCCUUCUACAUGAAGGACACCGAUCACAUGUACCUGUGCCUGUCGCAGGAGCGCAUCAUACAGUUCCAGGCGACGCCGUGUCCGAAGGAGGCGAACAAGGAGAUGAUCAACGACGGCGCCUGCUGGACGAUCAUCAGCACCGACAAGGCCGAGUACCAGUUCUUCGAGGGGAUGGGACCGGUGAGGUCGCCGGUCACGCCGGUGCCGCUCGUCCACAGCCUCCACCUGAACGGCGGCGGCGACGUGGCGAUGCUCGAGCUGACCGGCGACAACUUCACGCCGAACCUGCAGGUCUGGUUCGGCGACGUGGAGGCCGAGACGAUGUACAGGUGCCAGGAGAGCAUGCUCUGCGUCGUGCCGGACAUCUCCCUCUUCCGGGGCGAGUGGCUCUGGGUGAGACAGCCCACGCAGGUCCCGGUCUCCCUGGUGCGCAACGACGGCAUCAUCUACGCGACCGGCCUCACCUUCACGUACACGCCCGAGCCCGGGCCGCGACCGCACUGUCCGCCCGCCGACGAGAUAAUGCGCGCCCCCCGCGCCAUGCACAACCAGCAGGCGAGCAUACCGCCGGCGAUCGCGGACGUGCCGUGGAACACCCAUCAGCCGCCGCAGUCGGGUCUCUGAUGUCUCCUAGACCAUCAUAACGCGAACCAAAGUCUACGAUGUAGUGGUGAUACGGCGCGUCGUCCCGCUCGGGACGACGACGUCCUCGAUGAGGAGGAGGACGAUGAAGAGGAGGAGGAGGAGAACGCCGGCAGUGAAAGUGACGACGAUUCUUCGUAUCUCCUCGUCGUCGGGAAGGACGACUUGUUGCUCGAGAUCAACGCUAAUGGCGCACGGGCGCCGGACGAUACGACGAAGAAGACGUAGCGUCCCGCCCGGCUCUCUCUCUCUCUCACGGGAACGCAAAGCGCGUAUUAAAACGUAGGCAAUAGACGUAUAACGUUGUUGAUACGAAGAUUUACAGAGAUAAUAAUUUAUAUAUAUAUAUAUAUAUGUAUAUAUAUAUAUAUAUAUAGCGAAAUGUAAAGACUCGGCUUAACGGUGAAGUGUGUACGGACGAACGGGUAUGUCGAGCGCGAAUAUAUUCGACGGUAGAGUUUCCGAGAGAAGAAGAAGAGAAGUGAAUAAACAAGAGAGAUCGUCGCUCGAUUUCCGGGGAUCGAUUUGCGUAUCUUCGUCGACUUCGGGCGUUCACGUUCGUUCGAGUUGAUUUCUUCCCCCAGGGAUGAGAUAUAGGAUAGGCACAACCGUCUGUUACCAUCGUACUUAAUGUCCGGUGCUCACAAUCAGAUCUUAUAUUUAAGAUACCGUCUCAAGUUCAUCUUCGGGUGCUCCGUAGCCGAUGAGAUGAAUCUCCGGAGCAUAACUGAAGAUAAACUUAAGACAGUCUCGGUAAGAUUGUAUUGACUUGAAGUUACGGUUACGUAAAAUUACCAGGCGGUUUUGAGACCUGUCAGCCCAAAUCAAAAAGAUUCGAUUACUCCACCAACCUAUUUACGAGCAUUACUUUCAUGUAAUUAACGGAAUGUCGUCUAGAUUAUUCAUUUAAUUCACUCGACUUGACCCUUUCUUUGCCUCUCAUACUUUCAUCUCCCGCGAAUAAAUACGCGAAGUGAGCAUGCGAUAUUCCUCUGCGACAUCGUUCGAUGUCAUGGAAAUUAUUCGCCGGACAACCUCGCGUGAGACAUCGUCGCUUUUUCGAUAAAAGUCAUCCGGUCGAACGGUCAGCCUACUUUCCCAAUUGUCACUGCAUCUUAAGUUACAUAAUCGAUCCCCCGAGAUCGGUCUCGAUAAUUUCUCUACGCACGAGCGUAUACACACUUUCCUUUAAAAUUUUAUUGUUGCGUCUCGGAGAAAGAAACGCCGUCGAAUCGACAAAAUCUCCAACAGAAAUAUCUCACGUUAGAACCAAUACUCAAGUUGGUUGUUCCGGUCUACAAUAGGUACUUUAAGCUCCAAGCCUUAAGAAAUCGACAUAUAUGAGCAAAAUUCAUAUAUGAUUUUGUAUAAUUGUAUAUAAUCAUAUAUAAUCAUUUUCUCCCGACUUAUUUAUCCAAAUAACUUUUCUAACCCCGACAUAACGUGAUACUUUAGAUUUUCGCGACACGGAGAAAUUCGCUUAAUUUAACGUUUUUCACGAAUUUGUUCCCGAUAUUUCGUGAACAUUCCAGUUCACUUCUUUAGUAUAACGUAUCGGUAUUCGAUAAAAUCACUACCGAAUUAGGAGAAUUCACUUCGAUUGCGUGUGCUUGUUGGGAGUCCCAUCGAUUCGACGGCGUUCCUUCUUCCGUCCGGUAUCUCGAGAAGGAUCGAAAGAGCUGAAGGAACCCUCGAGUACCAGCGAGCGUAGUUGGAAACAAGCGUGCGCGUAGUCGAGCGUUAAUUGUAAUAAAUGGGGAGUAACACAAGUCUUAGGCUAUACGUAUUUGCAUAUCGGUCACCGAACGAUGGUUGUGCUUUUAACACUGGUGUCUGUUUACGAGAUGAAGAACUGCCACACGCGGGAGAAGUUCGGUACAGCGGCUCUUUUUCUUUCUUUUUUGGAAAAAAACAAACAACCGACACGGUUCUUUGGGAAUCUCUCGCGCCGCCAAGUACAAAAAUCUCUCGGUGGAGAGGUGUGAGAGGAGAGGAACGGAAUUGUGUCGACGGAGAGAUACCGGGAAACUUCGCGCCGAACUGUGCCGAGCGAUGAAGCGUGUGAAGAGUUCUUCGUGUACAAAAAGGGAGGUGGAGAGGGAGCAUUGGGAGCGGAAAAACACGCAGUGUAUUUUUGAAGCCGCGCGCGCGCGCGUGAUGGUAUUUGGUACAUUUUGUAAAUUCGCACGGCGCGUCGACGGACUCUUCGUUAUUUAUUAGGAGAUGCGUGAGACGGGACGAUGCAUACCGAUGCACCUCUCGAGUGUAAGUGCGCGCGUGUGUGUGUGUGUGUGUGUGUGUAUGUAUGUAUGUAUGUAUGUAUGUAUGUAUGUAUGUAUGUAUGUAUGUAUGUAUGUAUGUAUGUAUGUAUGUAUGUGGGUUGGUGUGGUGUUGAUGUCGCCGAGAUGACUUUAGACGCUCGUAAGUCAGUAGAAUUUCGUGUACAUUUUUCAUUUCCCUUCUUUUUUUCUUUUUUUUACAAAAUAUCCGAGAAACAAUGAUGCAAUCAUCGUCCGCAUGAAGACAUCCGGCGGCUUACAGGAUUUUCUUUCAACAUUAUAUAUAUAUAUAUAUAAUGUACGUGUUAUUUUAUGUAUAUAUUAUACAUAGAUAUAUAAAUAGAU